UCAUUUACCACAACUCUCUAAUAAUAAUUAUCUAUGAUUAACGAUUGCACUUGCAUGCUCGCUUGUGUUUGGUCGUGAUUUUGAGUCGAGAUGAAUUCUUCCACACAGUCACUGUUCAUGCUUUGUGUCGUGCUGGUGCAGCUAGCAGCCGCUUUGCAAACUCCUUGCAGGACAGAGAAAACGACUUUCAGUAAAGGAGAGCAAAUAACAGCACCCCUCCCACACACGUACAUCAAUAUCUCUGAUCUCCCCGACAGCUUCUCCUGGUCAGACGUGAAUGGAGUUAAUUACCUCACUCCAGCCAGGAACCAGCACAUCCCUCAAUACUGCGGCUCCUGCUGGGCCAUGGGAACCACUUCGGCCCUCAGUGACCGUAUCUCCAUCAUGCGUAACAGAACCUUCCCCAUCAUUCAGCUCUCCCCUCAAGUUAUCAUCAACUGUCAUGGUGGGGGCACCUGCGAUGGUGGCAACCCUGGAGGCGUCUACGAGUACAUCAACGAAAAUGGAGUCCCUGAUGAAACAUGCCAAAACUAUGAGGCAAAGAAUGGAGAGUGCAAGCCGUUAGGUGUAUGUGACACUUGUGAUCCUUCGGCUGGGUGUAUGCCAGUGGACAAGCAUCCGACGUACUGGGUGGGGGACUACGGUAGCGUGAAAGGAGCUGACAAAAUGAAGGCUGAGAUAUUUGCCAGAGGCCCCAUUGGCUGUGGGAUUGAUGCUACCAGCCAGCUGGAAGCCUACACAGGGGGUAUAUUCUCAGAGAAAAAACUUUUUACGAUGAUCAACCACGAAGUUUCAGUAGUGGGCUGGGGCGUUGAGAACGGAGUGGAGUAUUGGCACAUGAGGAACUCAUGGGGCUCAUACUGGGGAGAGAACGGGUUUGCCAAGGUCAUGAUGCACAAGGACAAUCUUGGCCUAGAAUCUGAUUGUGAUUGGGGUGUUCCCAAACUCAGCAAGGACUCUAACAUUAAGGUAGAAAAGUCCAAAGCCAUCCCUCGGUUGUCUAAGUCCUGUGUACGUAAGAGCAGAGUGCCCGUGAAGACACAUGUUGUCUCCCCUCUACCACACACCUACAUCUCGCCACAAGAUGUGCCAGCGAGCUAUGACCCCAGGAAUAUAAGUGGGAUGGACUACACUACAGUCAACAGAAACCAGCACAACCCAAAAUACUGUGGAUCCUGCUGGGCCAUGGGCACUGCUUCUGCUCUGAGUGAUCGUAUCAAGCUCUUGAGGAAAGGUGCCUACCCCAGCAUCAACCUCUCCCCUCAAGUCCUCAUUGACUGCGUUCAGCAAAACAACACCCAUGGUUGUGAAGGUGGUGAUCCUACAGCUGCUUACUCUUGGAUCCUUGCCAAUGGAAUUCCUGAUGAUACAUGUACCAACUAUCUGUCUGUUGACCAACAAUGUCAGCCGGAGUAUGUCUGCAGGACUUGUACACCUUCAGGGAAGUGCUACGCAGUAACCAAGUUUACCAAAUAUAUGAUCAGCGAGCAUGGGCAGGUGUCUGGAGAGGACAAAAUGUUGGCAGAGAUGUAUGCCAGAGGGCCGAUAGCAUGCACCAUUGCUGUUACCAAAGAAUUUGAGGACUACACUAGCGGCGUUUUCAAUGACACCACUGGUGCAAAGGCUUUGGACCAUGAAGUAUCCAUUGCGGGAUGGGGAGUGGAGAAUGGUGUCAAAUAUUGGAUCGGGAGGAACUCAUGGGGUACAUUCUGGGGUGAGGGAGGCUGGUUCAAACUCAUCAGAGGCACCAACAACCUGGGAGUGGAAGCCCAUUGUGACUGGGCUCUGCCAGCAAAUCAGUUUUAGGAUCCUUAUUUAUUGAGAUUUUUGUACAUGAAUUUAGUCUACCUUAAGGUGACAUCUUUUUUAUAGGUAUCUAUAGAUUUUUUCUGCUUA